CCUGACUGUCGCAUCACCGAACGGGGAGGGGCUCCGGUUUCCACUAUUGGCUGGCAGGCCACUGUAUCCCCGACAGCUUUACGGUAGGGCCACGGCGGCGAGGGUGAGCGCGUGAGCGGUGGUCUUUUCAUCUCCCCGAAGCGCACAAUCGUCUGCCUUUCACCAUGAUUUUGAGGAGACUUUAGCGGCCGUUUUUCCUGACUCGGCGCACAACCUGCGCACAAAUAAACGCGGAUACAUCGACCGGAAAACCGCGAGAGGAGCAGAGGAGCAUGUAACCCGGAGAAACGCACCGGCGGCGGCACCACCUGACACUUCUCUCUCUCUCUCUCUCUCUCUCUCUCUCCCCGCUCUCUCGCUCUCGUUGUCUCUCUCCCUCUCUCUCGCUCCCUGUGUUUCCUCAUAUUCUGAGGCUUUCGUCGGUGUGCUGACUGGACUCAUUUCGUCGUUUUGGAUAUUAUCAUCAGCAAAAAUGAGCGAAGACGUGUCAGAGGUCCCCAAAGAGCUUCUGGAGAGCGUGAGGGAUGCAGUGGGGAGGAAGGUGAAGCUGUCACUGAGGAGGAGAGUCAAACUGGAGAUCAAAGGAGACAAGACGGAGAACAGAGUCCUGGCCCUGGCGUCUCACCGAGCUUACCUCUUGACGGCACGCAUUCCCACCAAGGUGGAACAUUCCUUAAAUUAUCUGGAGAUCCAGGGGAUUGCUUGUAACAAGCCGACACAGCUGUUCAUCGAGUAUGAGCGUGGCUCCUUUUCUCUGAAGCUGCUCUCUACAGAGGAGGUCAACGAGGUGGUCGCUCACAUAGGAAACUGUCUGCUCAGGAUAUGUCCCGGUCUGCAGCCUAGUAACGUGAUAAAGAAGCUCUGCAUGGAGCCCCCAGACAGGCUGAUCUCUCUGCAGACUCUGUGGGAGAACAACAAGCCUGCUGAGCCUGGACCUUGUGGUGGGUUUUCUCAGAUGUACAGAUGCGUCUGUGACUGGUUGGGGCUGCCUUACAAAGAAGAGGUGCAAUGGGAUGUGGACACCAUCUAUUUGACACAAGACACCAGAGAACUCAACCUGCAGGAUUUCAGCCAUCUGGAGAACAGGGAUCUGGUGGCAAUAAUAGCAGUGCUGGAGUUUAACCAGUGGUUCACCAAGCUCUCCACUAAGGACUACAAACUGUCUGCAGACGUGUGUGAGCAGAUCCUUCGGGUAGUGUCUCGUUCCAGUCGACUGGAAGAGCUGGUUCUCGACAACGCAGGACUCAAAACGGAUUUUGCCCAGAAGCUAGCUGCUGCCCUGGCCCACAACCCCAGCUCAGGACUCACCACCAUUAAUCUUGCCAAUAACCCACUGGAGGACAGAGGUAUCUCCUCCCUGGGUGCUCAGUUUGCCCGACUUCGUAAGGGGCUCAAGCAUUUAAACUUCUCUAAAACCUCACUUUCACCCAAAGGGGUGAACAGCCUUUGUCAGUCACUGAGUGCCAACCCGUCCAUCCCCAGCAGCCUGGUCCAUCUGGACCUCUCAGGGAAUGUCCUCCGAGACGACAUGCAGCAUUUUUACCACUUCCUGGGUCAACCCAACAGCCUGGCAACCCUUGACCUCUCCAACACUGACUGCUCAUUGGACCAGGUUUGCUCAGCUCUGCUGCGAGGCUCCGUCGAACACCUCUCUGUUCUUAAUGUGUCAAAGAGCGUCUUCCCUCACAGGUAAAAACACACUCGCGGCAAAGAGGUGCCUCCAUCCUUUAAGCACUUCUUCAGCAGCGUCAUGUCUCUGAGCUCCAUCAACGUGUCAGGAACCAAGCUGCCACCAGAGGCCGUCAAAGCCCUCCUGCUUGGCCUGGCCAGUAACGUCAACCUGAAGGAGGUGUCUCUCGAUCUCAGCUGCUGUGAGUUGCGGUCAGGAGGCUCUCAGAUCCUUGAAGGUUGUAUUGCCGAGAUCCCGAACAUCUCCAGCCUCGACAUCUCUGACAACGGCCUGGACACGGACCUGUCCACUCUGCUGGUGUGGUUGGCCAAGAACCGAUCCAUCAGACACCUGUCUCUGGGCAAGAACUUCAACAACAUCAAAUCCAAAAACCUUGCUCCAGUGUUGGACAGCCUGGUCCAUAUGAUUCAGGAAGAGGAGUCGCCCCUCACCUCUCUAUCUCUAGCAGACUCCAGACUGAAGAGUGAUCUGACCAUCGUUCUGAACGCCCUCGGCAGCAACUCCUCGCUCACCAGGUUAGACAUCAGUGGGAACGCCAUGGGAGACAUGGGAGCCAAGAUGUUGGCCAAAGCGCUACAAAUCAACUCCAAACUCAGGACUGUGAUCUGGGACAGGAACAACACCAGCCCCCAGGGACUUCAGGAUGUAGCAGCCGCUCUGGAGAAGAACUUCACCAUUCGUUUCAUGCCCAUUCCCAUCAUCGAUGCCUCCCAGGCUCUGAAGGCCAGCCCUGAGAAAACUGAAGACGCCUUGCUAAAGAUUGAGAGUUAUCUGUACAGGAACCAUGAAACAAGGAAAUACCUUCAGGAACAGGCCUAUCGGCUGCAGCAGGGCAUCGUGACCACAACCACACAACAGAUGAUUGACAGGAUUUGCGUGAAGGUGCAGGACCACCUGAACUCUCUCAGGAACUCUGAGACAGACGCCAUCAUGGAGGACGUCAGGUCAGCAGAGAACCUCAUCAAAGAUGCCAGAAACUCUAAAACGCUGCUCCCGAACCUCUACCACCUCGGGUCAGCUGCCAGAGAGGAGGUGAACAGCUCGGCAGUGGGACCCAUCCAGGAGAAACUGGAGUCUAUGGCUGGGGAGGUGACUAACGUCAUGGACCAACAACUACAGACUCUGUUGGAGUCGAUGGUGGACGCAGCAGAGUCUCUGUGUCCCCACGUGAUGAAGAGGAGUAGUCUUCGUCCAGAGCUAAUGAAGGCCAGCUCCGCCAAGAUGGUCGUACCCAAAAGCUUUGUCACCAAAACCCUCCUGGAGCAGUCGGGGGUGGAUAUCGUCAACAAGAUCAGUGAGGUGAAGCUGAGUCUCGCGUCUUUCCUGUCGGAUCGCAUUGUUGACGAGAUUCUGGAGGCUCUUUCCACCUCACAACUCACUCUGGCAGACCACCUGGUGCGGCGAGGUCGCCCCUUGGUGCAGCAGGGGUCUGUGGAUCUGGACGUCCCAGAGGAAAAGAUUCCUAAAAGAGCAUCGACCGAGCUUCUGGAGGCUGAGAGGCUGGAGGAUCUAGAGACAUGCAUGAUGACUCCUAAAUCCAAGAGGAAGAGCAUCCACAGCAGAAUGCUUCGGCCAGUGUCUCGUGCCUUCGAGAUGGAGUUUGACCUGGACAAGGCCCUGGAAGACGUCCCUAUCCAUGUGGAAGAUGCUUCAACUUCAUCUCAAACUCCACCUACUCCAUCUCAGGUCCUGCCAAAACUGGAGCACCGAACGCCAGCAGGGAUGGUGGAGCUGCCGUCUGAGGAGGAGAAAAAGCUGCAGCAUUUCACCAAACUGCGGCCGCGACGGAACAAGAAAAAGCAUUCCAGCAAAAUACCUCAAAUCAACAGUGCGCCAUCUCAGGAUGGGGAGCAGAACGGCCUCAUGGGAAGGGUGGACGAGGGUGUGGACGAGUUCUUCUCGACAAAAGUCACCAGGAUGGACUCCAAACGUUCCAAGAGUUCAGAAUCUCAUGAUGGAGAGAAGAAGAAGAGUAAAGGAGGAUUCCUUAACCUCAUCAAACGUUCCUCCAAAUCAGAAAAAGCUGAUAAAUCGGAUAAGUCUGAGAAAAAUCUGGCAACCCCCCCAGUUUCGGGUAAAUCAGAGAAAAACCAGGCAACCAAUCCAGCUUCAGGUACAUCCUCAGCCACUGUAGCCUCGACGCCGACUUCCAUCCCUGAGGAGCCCUCUUCACCAAAGGUGGCAGUAAAGAGCCCAGCCCAUGAGCCAAAGUCCAGAGACAACUCCAGCCGCUCCCAGCCAACAGACUACAGCAGCAGCUCAGACCGGUCAGAUGAGCUGAGGACGCCAGACUCCAUGGACGAGCCCUGGGAGUGCUCGGACGGCAGGGGCAGCCCUCAGGGAGGCAGGCGGUACCAAGGGAUGCAAAUGAUGGGCAGCGGCCUCCUCGCAGAGAUGAAGGCCAAGCAGGAGAGGAGAGCACACAAGUCUUCCAGCCCCGACAGACCUGAAAGCAAUGCAACGGCAGCCAAGCCCCAGCCCAUCAUUUCAGAAAGCCGCUCUCCCAGUGGCUCAAUUAAUAAAUCCGACCCUCUGACUGGUUCUCCAGAGAAAAGCCCUCCUCGUGGCGAGACGAAGCCUGACCGAACCCCUCGUCUCAGGGCUACUUCCUCCUCGAGUUCUCCUGGGGGGCCAGUAAGUCCCAAACCACCGGUGCCACAGGGAGCAAAGCCUGCCCUGGCUGCCCGACCCACCAUCCUACAGAAGCCAAGGACCAGCAGCACCAGCAAGAACAUAGAUGAGAGCUCAGAUUCCCCAAACAGUGGUGGUGGGUCUCCUAAGAUCACAGUUCUUCCCCUAACGCUGAAAAGGACGGUGUCAGAGAAAGACAAAGAGGGCCAGACCAGUCUGCAGUCAGGAGGCUCUACGAACAAAACCACUCAGGAUGUGAGGGCGGGGUUUGUGUCAGACUCUGUUCAGCGACCCAGCCGUCUCCGUACCAACUCUGAGGAUCACGGCUUCUUCAAGAACAAGGACCCAAACCCAGACAAGGACAAGGCAGCGGGCAAAAAGUCCUCAGACUCUGGGGAGGAGGCAGACAAAGACUUUAUUUUAAUAUAAGGAAGACAAAUUCACAGCAAAAACCUGUUGACAAGUCUCACAUGUUUUUUUCCUUUUAGAAAAGCAACUAAAGGGGGGGACUAUAAUCAUGAAUUGAUAUGUUUUCAUUGAUAAUAGCGGUUGUACCUGUAGGUUCUGUCUCAACGCAAAGUACAAAUCAUCUUUGAUUUGCAGGAAGACCUGCUGUAGUAUCAUGCAAUACACUGUUUCAAAUUCAAGUUUGGUUGUCUAUGAUAAUAUAAAACUAAUGAUAUUAACACACGGGGUAAUAUCCUCAGUAAUAUUCUUAGUCACAACUUAUCACCUAGUAAACCAAACUGUGCUAAGUCUCCUCGGAGCUUCCUUUUCUCAGACAGCCUUUUCUCCUUUUUUCAUUCCUACUCUCUGUCUCUCAUAAAUAACCUUUUUCAGGAUUUGAGGAAACGGUUCCUGGAGUGAUCAAGCAUCUUCAGCCAAUGAAUACUGAAUCUUGAAUGAAAUUUGUAAAACACAAAGAAAAAAAAAGAUGCUUGAGAGAGAGUGUGAAACUAUGAGUGUAAAUCAAAAAGAAAUCUCUUUCUCCCAGGGACCAAAGUCAUGUAACAAUAACAUCAGGAUCACUGUACUGCACUCAAACAUACAACCAGACCAGGAACCAAUGGCAUUCGUUUCCUUCAAUAUAUUUGUAUAGAUUUUUCUAUAUGCUAUUUUCAGUAUGUGCAAGUUACUUUUCUCCGGACUUCAGAGGUGACUGAAACCAUUAUGCAAUUCAUCUUUUUCUUUUUUUUCGGGAAAAUACAGGUUCAGCUGAGAAUCUCAGCCCACCAUAAAUCAGAAAUACACCUUUUGAAGUAACUCACUUAGAGGAGACUACGUCAAACAUCCUGUCUGAACUGGUGUUUGUCUCUGGGUUGGAGUGACCAUAUGAAGUGUUGCUUUGAGUGGACUGUGGUACGCCAUAACUAUCACUGAUAACCAAUCAAUAAGGCUUCCGCACUGUUAACUAACACUGUUCUCUGUGUUUAGACACUGUGAAAAAAAAACAAUGUACUGUAUCUAUGAUACCUUUAAACUGCGGAUGAAAGAAGUAUGUGUCUGUCAUUAAAGAGCAAUACAGAGGCUCACCAUAAACAUAAAUAAAUAACAGCUUUAUGUUUAGCUGGAACGUGUCAAAACAAA